CUUCAGCAUCACCGAAACCGCUGCAAAUCGCAGCAUAACCGCACAAUAACAUUCACAUACAUCAGCCGUGAGACGGAGUCAGUCAGUCACACAGCAGGAGGCGCUAAGAAGAAGAAGAAGAAGAAUUGAGAAAGCAGGAUUCUUAAGCAAGAAUUACAAGCAGUAGGGAGCCAGGAAUUCACUCAGUGACGGUCCAAAUUCGUGAAAACAAAUAAAUGUAGUCAUGAGAUGUAUUGAGAAUAGCGGGUUAUAUAAGAGGAUGUAGGAGUAUUUAGCUCAUUGUAUUCACACUCCAUCACAGCAGGUGGCGGUGUGCGCCUUUAGCUGGUUCGCAGCCCGUCAUAAAAUCAAAAGAAGAAGAGGAAGAAGAAGAAGGAUUGUUGCCGGAUGAUGGUCAUAUGAUGAUGAUGAUGAUGAUGAUGAUGUCUGGUGCUCAGGUGAAGAUGACUGACUCUGUGAGUUUGUUUGGAGGAAGAGUUCCUGCUGAAGUGGAGCAGCUGUCGAAACAUCUGAAGAAUCUGGACAGAGACACAUUCACACACAUGCUGAGCGCUGUGGCGAAGGCCGUCGACGGUCAGGACUGCUGUGAGUCGCUGAGAGUGAUUUCAGAGAGCGGUUUGAUCUCAGAAGAAAGCUUUAACCAUGCGAUGGCUGGACUGUACGCUCUUCUCAAAGAAGCUCUGUGUUUGCCGUCUCUAAGACAAGAGGUUUUUAAUGAGGAUCUCAGAGCACUUCGGGUUUCUGAAGAAUUCAUUGCAGACGUGUCCAGCGUUGUGUUUGGAAACAGGCAAAGCUCCAUGAAUGUUGGUGACACACAUCGAGGGCCGACUCUGGCAAAGAUCGAGGAGUUUAAGUGGAGAGUUGAUGUUGCCAUUUCAACAAGCUCGCUGUCUCGAGCUUUGCAGCCCUCCAUUCUCAUGCAGAUAAAACUGUCUGAUGGCCAUUUGCAUCAAUUUGAGGUUCCAGUUGUCAAGUUCCAGGAACUUCGUUACAAUGUUUCUCUAAUUUUAAAGGAAAUGAAUGAUGUAGAGAAGAGGAGUAUACUCAAAAUACAAGACUGAUGGAUCAUAUUUGCAAGACAAGAUAUCAGAUUUUAUUUGAUGUACGCUUUUCUAAUAUGUGGUAAAUUGUAUUAAUUGUACUGAAUGAAUUUUUAUUAACCGUUUGUUUCAAGUGUUCUUUUGUACUUGGUCAGCCCAGCUUAAUUUUGCAAAACUGUGUCUUGUUUGUCAGCACAUUUUGUUCUACAUUUUGUAAAAAUAAAUAUGACUGUCGUCUUAUGGUUUCUCAA